AGAUAGUAUUCGGAACCGCCUAUUAUCGUCCACAUCUACAUCCUCUUCUCCAUCAAAGCCGACCCAUAUAAGGCCUCUCUCACCCAAAGAAAGACCUUAGCUUCUCUCUCUCUCUCUCUCUUCUUGAAUCAAUCAAGCUCUGCUUGAGUUACUCAGACGAGUUGGUGGAAAUCAUGGCUGGAGCUCUGGUUCAGUCGACUAAUUUCCCUUCUUCAGUUGCUGGUGAAAGACACAGCCAGCACAAGGGGUCUGGGAAAACGAAAAGGACAGUAAAAAUGAUGUGUAGUUCACAAGCACCUCCACUUAGGUUGAGAGGUUUUUCAGGACUGCGAGGAUCUAAUGCUCUAGAUAUGGUAAGAUCAGGCCAUGAUUUCCAUUCUAAGGUAGCAGCUUCAACCUCUGUCCGACGAGGAAGGGUUAGUCGAAUGGUCCCAAAGGCUAUGUUUGAACGUUUCACAGAAAAAGCAAUAAAAGUCAUUAUGCUUGCGCAAGAGGAGGCAAGGCGGCUUGGUCACAAUUUUGUUGGGACAGAGCAGAUUUUGUUGGGUCUUAUUGGUGAGGGCACCGGCAUUGCUGCUAAGGUUCUGAAGUCUAUGGGAAUCAAUUUGAAAGAUGCCCGCGUAGAAGUGGAGAAGAUCAUUGGAAGGGGGAGCGGAUUUGUUGCUGUGGAGAUUCCAUUUACUCCUCGUGCAAAGCGUGUUUUGGAGCUCUCUCUAGAGGAAGCCCGCCAGCUUGGUCAUAAUUAUAUUGGGUCCGAGCAUUUGUUGCUGGGAUUGCUUCGUGAGGGUGAAGGUGUGGCAGCCCGUGUUCUUGAAAAUUUAGGUGCUGAUCCAGGUAACAUCCGCACACAGGUCAUCCGAAUGGUUGGAGAAAGUACAGAAGCUGUUGGUGCUGGUGUUGGAGGGGGAUCUAGUGGCAAUAAGAUGCCAACACUGGAGGAGUAUGGCACUAAUUUGACAAAAAUGGCAGAAGAGGGUAAAUUGGAUCCAGUUGUUGGAAGGCAGCCGCAAAUAGAACGCGUGACUCAAAUUUUGGGUCGACGGACGAAAAAUAACCCCUGCCUUAUCGGAGAGCCUGGUGUGGGGAAAACCGCUAUUGCAGAAGGCCUUGCACAACGAAUUGCAAAUGGUGAUGUUCCAGAAACAAUUGAGGGGAAGAAGGUUAUAACCCUGGAUAUGGGUCUUCUUGUUGCUGGCACAAAAUACCGUGGAGAGUUUGAGGAAAGACUAAAAAAGUUGAUGGAGGAAAUUAAACAAAGUGAUGAAAUAAUAUUAUUUAUUGACGAGGUGCACACAUUAAUUGGAGCUGGAGCAGCAGAGGGGGCAAUUGAUGCUGCGAACAUCUUGAAACCAGCUCUUGCAAGAGGUGAAUUGCAGUGUAUUGGAGCCACCACACUUGAUGAAUACAGAAAGCACAUUGAGAAAGACCCGGCCUUGGAGAGACGAUUCCAGCCUGUUAAGGUGCCUGAACCUACUGUUGAUGAAACUAUUCAGAUUUUGAAAGGGCUUCGAGAACGAUAUGAGAUUCACCACAAGCUCCGUUACACAGAUGAGGCAUUAGUUUCUGCAGCACAACUGUCAUACCAGUACAUUAGUGACCGCUUCCUACCUGAUAAAGCAAUUGACUUGGUUGAUGAGGCUGGUUCUCGGGUUCGACUUCGUCAUGCACAGCUCCCAGAGGAGGCCAGAGAGCUUGACAAAGAGCUGAGGCAGAUUACAAAAGAGAAAAAUGAAGCUGUUCGCAGCCAGGACUUUGAAAAGGCUGGGGAGUUGCGUGAUAGAGAAAUGGACCUUAGGGCUCAGAUUACGGCUCUUGUAGACAAGGGCAAAGAGAUGAGCAAAGCAGAGACUGAAGCAGGGGAUGGAGGUCCUGUUGUGACAGAAGUGGACAUCCAGCACAUUGUCUCAUCAUGGACUGGCAUUCCGGUUGAGAAAGUGUCAACUGAUGAAUCUGAUCGCCUCCUCAAGAUGGAAGAGACGCUCCACAAGCGAGUCGUUGGUCAGGAUGAAGCUGUCAAAGCCAUCAGCCGUGCUAUUCGCCGUGCCCGUGUUGGACUCAAGAACCCGAAUCGUCCUAUUGCUAGUUUCAUCUUCUCUGGUCCAACUGGUGUUGGUAAGUCAGAAUUGGCAAAAGCAUUAGCUGCCUACUACUUUGGCUCUGAAGAAGCCAUGAUCCGCCUCGAUAUGAGUGAGUUCAUGGAGAGACACACGGUGUCCAAGCUCAUUGGUUCUCCUCCCGGGUACGUUGGUUACACAGAAGGUGGUCAGCUAACUGAGGCUGUUCGGCGCCGUCCCUACACUGUUGUACUAUUCGAUGAGAUUGAGAAGGCUCACCCUGAUGUCUUCAACAUGAUGCUUCAGAUUCUUGAGGAUGGAAGGUUGACAGAUAGCAAAGGCAGAACUGUGGAUUUCAAGAAUACCCUUUUGAUUAUGACUUCAAAUGUUGGUAGUAGUGUGAUUGAAAAGGGUGGUCGACGGAUAGGUUUUGAUCUGGAUUAUGAUGAGAAGGAUAGCAGUUACAACCGAAUCAAGAGCUUGGUGACCGAGGAACUCAAACAAUAUUUCAGGCCAGAGUUCUUGAAUAGGUUGGAUGAGAUGAUUGUAUUCCGGCAGCUCACCAAACUGGAGGUGAAGGAGAUAGCUGAUAUAAUGCUUAAAGAAGUAUUUGACAGGCUCAAGACUAAGGAUAUAGAGCUUCAAGUCACAGAGAGAUUUAGAGAUAGGGUGGUUGACGAAGGAUACAACCCAAGCUAUGGUGCUAGGCCACUUAGAAGGGCCAUAAUGAGACUCUUGGAGGACAGCAUGGCUGAGAAGAUGCUGGCAAGAGAGAUCAAAGAGGGCGAUUCUGUGAUUGUUGAUGUUGAUUCUGAUGGUAAUGUUACCGUUCUCAAUGGUAGCAGCGGUGCACCUCCUGAAUCAUUACCAGAGCCAAUCACUGUGUAACAUCAAAGGCUUUACUCUCUGUGUUGUUUGUAGUGCUGCUCUGCUUUCGAGCUGACUAUUAUUGAAAGUCUGUUUCAUUGAAGGACUGAUUUGCUGGUGGGUUGAAGCCAUUCUAUGAAACUGUGGUAGGUUUUUAAAGUUGUAUCUACAUAUUACAUUAACAUUAUGAAAAUGCACUCAUAGUUAAGUGAAACAGUAGGAUGCUUUUACAGUUAGAUUUGCAGAGAUGUCUUAUUAAUGAAAGGACUUGUUAAAUCAACCUAAAAGGGUUCAGUUGGUUUUACUUUUUAUCUGAUUUGUGAAGGAUUACAAUUUUAAUAUUGUUAUUUAUUUUUAUUUUA